AAGCGAGUAACAAUCACACGUGUUUUCAAAGUUAGUUUGGUUAACGUUUUAUUAUUUCGAAUUUAAGUUAUUAGAUGGGAAUAGUUUUAAUCCUUUGCAAGAAUAUAAUAGGUCUAAAUGGGUCGUAAAGCUAAAUUUGAUGAAUCAGUAAAGAUUAAAAAAGGGCCGGGUAGGAAAGCGAGGAAGCAACCGGAUCCCGUAUUCAAAAAAGGACUAAUUGAUGAUGAUAAAGAAGAAAAGAAGUUGAGCCAUAGACAAAAACAGAGAGCUGCUAGGAGGCUUAAAAAAAAGAAAGAACUUGUGGAAAAGAAGAAAGCUUUGAAAGAAGCAAAGAAGAAUGUUGCAAAGGUAAAUGAGAAAGUAGUUGAGGACAAGUCCGAAGAUGAAUCUGAAGAUUCAGAACAAGAAAAUGUGGAAGGUUUUACAGAUGACAACAAAGAGUGGCUUAAACCUAAACAGAAGAGUAAAUCCAAAGAAUACAAUUCUGAAGAUGAUGAGAAUGACUCUGGAAGUGAUGUAGAAGAUGAAGAUGUUGAGGAAGCACCAAAAAAAUCUGGGAAAGAAAAAUAUAAGGUCGGCAAACUUGAUGAUUUAUUUGUAGACACAGAUGAGGAACAGGAUAAUGAUCCUGAUGAAGAGGAUGAUGCUGAUAAUGAGAAUAAAAUGGACUAUAACUCAGACUCUAGUGAUGAAGAAAAAGAUGAUGAUGAUGAUGAUGAUGAUGACGAUGAUGACAUGUUACCAAUAGAAAAAGCUAACAUCAAACUUAAAAAGAAACAAAAGAUCGACAAGAAGCUUGCUGACGAUGAAUUGCAACUGAACAUUUCUAAACAAGAUGUAUUUGCAUUCCCAUCUGAAGAAGAACUGCAAAAUCCAACGAGUUUACAGGACAUCCAUCAACGGAUUAAAGAUGUUGUAACGGUUUUAAGUGAUUUUAACCGUUUGAAGGAUCAAGAAAGAUCGAGGUGUGAAUACACUGAGCUAUUGAUGAAGGACUUAUGUAUGUAUUACAGUUAUAAUGAAUUUCUCAUGGAAGUUCUCAUGCAAAUAUUUCCAGUACAGGAAUUAGUGGAAUUUCUUGAAGCAAGUGAAGUAGCUCGCCCAUUGACUAUUAGGACUAACAGCUUGAAGACAAGAAGAAGGGAUUUAGCUCAAGCCCUUAUUAAUAGAGGAGUUAAUUUAGAUCCGGUUGGAAAGUGGAGCAAAGUUGGUCUUGUAGUUUAUAGUUCUACAGUACCAAUUGGUGCUACUCCGGAAUAUUUGGCUGGCCAUUACAUUUUACAAGGGGCUUCUAGUUUCUUGCCAGUAAUGGCUUUAGCACCUCAAGAGAAUGAGAGAAUAUUAGACAUGUGUGCGGCCCCUGGUGGUAAAGCAUCUCAUAUAGCUGCCAUCAUGAAAAAUACAGGUGCUUUAUUUGCUAAUGAUGCCAAUAAAGAUAGAACUAAAGCGAUUGUCGGUAACUUCCACAGGCUGGGAAUUGUUAAUGCUGUUAUUUGUAACUAUGAUGGACGUCAAUUCCCAGAGGUUAUUAAGGGCUUCGAUAGAGUAUUACUUGAUGCCCCCUGUACAGGAACGGGGGUUAUAGCUAAAGAUCCUAGCGUGAAGACUUCGAAGGAACAAAAGGAUAUUCAGAGAUGUUUCAAUCUACAAAGACAGCUUUUACUGGCCGCUAUAGAUUGUUGUAAUGCUAAAUCCAGUACAGGCGGUUACAUUGUUUAUUCGACAUGUUCUAUAUUACCAGAAGAAAAUGAAUGGGUUGUAAAUUAUGCACUGAAAAGACGAAAUGUCAAGUUAGUGCCGACCGGUCUUGACUUUGGUACAGAGGGAUUCGUUAAAUACAGACAUCAUAGAUUCCAUCCAUCAUUAAAACUAACAAGAAGAUUCUAUCCCCAUACACAUAAUAUGGAUGGUUUUUUUGUGGCCAAAUUUAAGAAGUUCUCUAAUGUUAUACCUGAGCCAUUUAAGGAUGAAGAAGAAGACAAUGAAGAAAUAAAGGAAGAUGCAGAACAGAAUGGUGAUGCGACAAUGCAGAAGAAAUCCAAAAAAAAAAAUACACCAGUUAAGAGGCCAGCGGAAUCUGUUGCUGUUGAACCACAGAAUAAAAAAAAUAAAAACUAAUGUGUAUGAUUAA